AUGAGAUCGUCUUUUUUUAUAUAUUCAUUUAGCAAUAAGAAUGGUUUACGUGAACGACUGAUGUCGGAUGAUGAUUUACAUAUUAAAAUGAAUAAUUCAUUGGACAGAUUUUUGUUUUCGAUUAUAGUUUUUCCUUUGGAUGAUAUAAACGAUCUUAUUUUAACACACUUCGUAGAUGAACGAGAUCAUAUAUUUGAAAUAUAUUUUCAAAAUAAAUUUGCUCUAUGUGUUGGAAAAAAAAGUGACUCAGAUGAUUUACAAAUGCAAACGGCACAAUUUUAUUCAUCAAUUCGUGGCCAAUGGGAAUCAUUAGCAAGUGGUUCAUCAUCACAUUCACAACCAACAUCUCCUAUUGCCACUACGUCAACACCAGUCACAUCGGUUACUACCAAAGUAGCGAGUGAUUUAAGACGAAAACGAAGUAUCUAUCGACGUCCACCAUGUGGAAUAGAUAAUGAAGAUAAAGAUCUACAUGAAUUGUAUACAUUUACUGGUGAAAAAAUUGGCGAAGGUCAAUUCGGACGAGUUGUUGGUGCUAUUCGAACAUCAACAAAUCGUAAGGUUGCUAUAAAAUGUAUUGAAAAAGCAAAUUGUAGUGAAGAAGAUAUUCGACGAACAAAUGAAGAAAUCGAUCAUCUUUAUAAAUUCAAUCAUGUUAAUAUUCUUAAGCUUGAAGCUUAUUUCGAACGUGGAGAUGCUGUUUAUAUUAUUACCGAACGUAUGGAAACCGAUAUGUGUAAAUAUAUAAUGGAAUCACAGAAUAAAUGGCUCGAUGAAAAUAUGAGUAAAAUGCUCAUAUAUCAAGUAAUUAUUGCAUUAAGAUAUUUACAUUCAAAUAAUUGUGGUCAUCUCGAUGUUAAAUGUGAAAAUAUUCUCAUAUCAUUUCUUAAACCAAUACCAGCCAAUAGCAAUACCGGUCGAUCUAAUCAAACAAAAUAUAAACAUGAUUUACCUUUAGCAAAAUUAGCUGAUUUUGGUUACUCGAGAAUUAUUGGUGAACAUUCAUUUCGUAAAACACGCGUAGGCACAAAAGUUUAUUGUGCACCAGAGAUAUAUCACAGCAAAGAAGGUUAUAAUCGAUUAGUGGACAUGUGGAGUGUUGGCAUUGUUCUAUAUGCAGCUCUAUCUGGUACAUUGCCUUAUGAUGAAAAAGAUGUUCAUCGUGCUGAAGAAAUAGUACGUAAUAGGAAAUUACUCUUUUCUCAACCACGAUGGAAAGAUAUAACAGAUGAAGCAAUUGAUCUUAUUUCAAAUAAACUAUUAAUCGUUCAGGCAAAUACACGUAUUAGAUCAACAGAAGCUCUAUUUCAUGCAUGGUUUACAGAUUUUCAUUUAUAUAAAAAAUUACGUGAAAUUGAAGCACGAAUAGAAUAUGAUCUAUCAUCUAAACAACAUCCAUUACCAUCAACAGUAACUUGGCUGACGGAAGAACGUGAAGAUGCUGCAUGGAUGGAAUAUAAAUCUAUGUAUGAUAAAUCAAAUGAAUGA